ACAGACGACGAAGAAGAAGAAGAAGAAGAAGAAGAAGAAGAAGAAGAAGAAGGAGGAGGAGGAGGAGGAGGAGGAGGAGGAGGAGGAGGAGGAGGAGAAGAAACCAUCCAGCAACAAAAUACAUUUGCUCCACACAAUCAGGAACUCAGGUCCACAACCACAUGA